AUGCCAAAACUAUCGUCUUCUGAGAUGGCACCUCCGCCAUAUAUUCCAUCCCGAGAUGCGGUAUCAAAUCAAGCUCCGAAAAAUUCGCCUCGUCGAAAUAGGAAUCGCCGGAAUCCCACCUCGGGCUAUCUUUCCGAUGCCAAAACCAGCUCAAUUUCUCCUCAUGGUUCUCCAAAGCCAAGACUGUUUCCAUUCGAAUUGAUCAAUCAAAACUUUUCGAAUCCUCUUGCAAUGCCGAUUAUGGGUAUUCGGAGCGAGAAUCCCGCUAUAGUGGAGUAUCCACUACUCACUCGCACCCAAGAAGGCACAAUGUUGCUCUCGUUGACCGCUGAGCUUCUCGUCGAAGUUUGUGUCGAUCGCAGCUUCCGCGUUGUGAGCAACAACAAUUUCAUGGCGUACGUGAACACGACCGGAGACGUUUCGAGCAUUGUACAUCGCUUCGCAACAAUCGUGCACACAAUUGAGCAUGUCCAUUGCAAGUUUGUUGCCGCAAAUGAUCGGUAUGCCGUUUUGGGACCCGAAGGAGUUCUAUUCUCAAUGCAAAACCUCGCGACUGCAUAUUUGGUAAAUAGUUCGGGUGAAUCCACACAAAGUUUGUUUCCUUCUGUGGUUGCCGUUGAAAAACCAGAAUUUCCAAUAAAGGAUAUCGACUAUUCGUUGCAUCAGCUGUAUGCCGAAUCCAAAAUGGGCCAUAAAGCCGCUAUACAAUGUGGUGAUAUUGUGCAAAAGGCUGGAUAUGAGCCGAUGAAGCCUGAUGGGACAAUAGUCAUUCACAUCAAUGGAAUCCAUAUUCGGAGUAACCAUGUAACUGGGGAUGUGUCAAUCGAUGCGAAACCAAUUCGAAUGGACAUCAAUACAAAAAGGAGUACAAUCCAUUUGCGAACCACCUAUAUUGAUAUGGCUAUUCAAGAUAGCGACAAAUGUUUUGUGAAGCGUGCUGACAACCGUAUUCAUACUUCUCGAUCAGGAAUGGUCGUCUCCGAUGGAACUUCGAAUAUUUCUGUUGAUCAACACGGAGACAUUCUUUCAUGCUCCUAA